AGAGCCUCUGAUUCUGUCCAAAGGUCGCGCCUUUACGCGGUGCUGGAGGAAGUUAUAGACAGGAUAGAGAUGCACAGAAACAUCGGAGAGCAACGCAACAACUGGAACUCCCUCAUGCUCGGUUCCAUCAACACCAUCACUCUGACAGGCGCUUUAAUGGCGGGAAUGGCGUCCGGCGGAGGAGGAGAUUCUGUCAUGGCCAUGAAAAUGGCUUCGACGGUUUUGUUGGCCUCGGCUACGAGUAUGGUCGCCAUGAUGAACAAGAUUCAGCCAUCUCAGCUGGUGGAAGAACAGCGUAACGCCACGAGGCUUUUCACUCAGCUCAGAUUCAGAAUCGAGAGCGUUCUGAUGAGAGAAGAGACAGAAGUUGGAGAAGAUGAAGUGAAGGAAGCGAUGGAGAGAGUGCUGUGUAUAGACAGAGCUUACCCUCUUCCCCUCCUCGGAGCAAUGCUCGAGAAAUUCCCGAAAGAGUUCAAACCCUCCAUCUGGUGGCCUCAAAACAAUCGAAAAAAGGCCCAAACCCGCUCUGUAAAUCGAUCAAAGAUAGAAAAUGGAUGGAGUAAAGAGCUGGAGAUGGAGAUGGAAGAGGUGAUGGAGGUGGUGAAGAGGAGAGAUUCGGAGGAAUACAAGAACCUUGGUGACAAAGCGUUGAGGCUAAACCGGGUCUUGGCCAUGUCCGGACCGGUUUUGACCGGAGUUUCCGCCAUAGCCUCAGCUUUUAUCGGUCACGGUUCGUGUUGGGCAGGAGUUGCAGCCACGACGUUAGCUGCGUUAGGAUCGGCGGUGAACGCGUUAGAGCAUGGUGGCCAAGUGGGGAUGGUGUUUGAGAUGUACAGAAACAGUGCCGGAUUCUUUUCUGAGCUGGAAGAUUCGAUCAGAUCCACCAUCGGAGAAUCUGAAACGGGGAAGAGAGAGAACGGCGAAGUGUUCGAGACGAAGAUCGCGUUGAAGCUCGGGAGGAGCUUGUCUGAGCUGAGAGAUCUCGCGAGAAAAUCGGGUUCCUCUCGUGUUGAAGGAUCCGCCAUUGAUGAGUUCGCGAGCAAGCUUUUCUAG